AUGAGCUCUAUUGAUGAGAAGCCUCUUUCAUGGUUCAUCAGACUGAUUCAUGAUACUUGCAUUCAUUUGAAUAAAUCUAUGUUGCUCCUCUGCUUAUUCCACUCUAAUUCUACAAUGAGCUCUAUUGAUGAGAAGCCUCUUUCAUGGUUCAUCAGACUGAUUCAUGAUACUUGCAUUCAUUUGAAUAAAUCUAUGUUGCUCCUCUGCUUAUUCCACUCUAAUUCUACAAUGAGCUCUAUUGAUGAGAAGCCUCUUUCAUGGUUCAUCAGACUGAUUCAUGAUACUUGCAUUCAUUUGAAUAAAUCUAUGUUGCUCCUCUGCUUAUUCCACUCUAAUUCUGCAAUGAGCUCUAUUGAUGAGAAGCCUCUUUCAUGGUUCAUCAGACUGAUUCAUGAUACUUGCAUUCAUUUGAAUAAAUCUAUGUUGCUCCUCUGCUUAUUCCACUCUAAUUCUACAAUGAGCUCUAUUGAUGAGAAGCCUCUUUCAUGGUUCAUCAGACUGAUUCAUGAUACUUGCAUUCAUUUGAAUAAAUCUAUGUUGCUCCUCUGCUUAUUCCACUCUAAUUCUACAAUGAGCUCUAUUGAUGAGAAGCCUCUUUCAUGGUUCAUCAGACUGAUUCAUGAUACUUGCAUUCAUUUGAAUAAAUCUAUGUUGCUCCUCUGCUUAUUCCACUCUAAUUCUACAAUGAGCUCUAUUGAUGAGAAGCCUCUUUCAUGGUUCAUCAGACUGAUUCAUGAUACUUGCAUUCAUUUGAAUAAAUCUAUGUUGCUCCUCUGCUUAUUCCACUCUAAUUCUACAAUGAGCUCUAUUGAUGAGAAGCCUCUUUCAUGGUUCAUCAGACUGAUUCAUGAUACUUGCAUUCAUUUGAAUAAAUCUAUGUUGCUCCUCUGCUUAUUCCACUCUAAUUCUACAAUGAGCUCUAUUGAUGAGAAGCCUCUUUCAUGGUUCAUCAGACUGAUUCAUGAUACUUGCAUUCAUUUGAAUAAAUCUAUGUUGCUCCUCUGCUUAUUCCACUCUAAUUCUACAAUGAGCUCUAUUGAUGAGAAGCCUCUUUCAUGGUUCAUCAGACUGAUUCAUGAUACUUGCAUUCAUUUGAAUAAAUCUAUGUUGCUCCUCUGCUUAUUCCACUCUAAUUCUACAAUGAGCUCUAUUGAUGAGAAGCCUCUUUCAUGGUUCAUCAGACUGAUUCAUGAUACUUGCAUUCAUUUGAAUAAAUCUAUGUUGCUCCUCUGCUUAUUCCACUCUAAUUCUACAAUGAGCUCUAUUGAUGAGAAGCCUCUUUUCAUGGUUCAUCAGACUGAUUCAUGA